CUGUGAAGAGAUCAACUGCGGAAGAAAGGCGAAAGGGACGGAGUCCUUAUAGCUUACCAGCGGCCGAAAAAAUCUGAGCUUUAAUCAUCAUCAGCUGAGCUGAGCUGCGCUCCUCUGUCUGUCUCCGUCUCUGCUUGCCCAGUCUUCUUCGAACCGAGGCUGCUGAAUUUAAUCACAGAAGGUAGAUGUUGAAUGCAGUUUCUGCCACUAACUUGAGCAUAUCAUGUCCGAGAAGACUUCAAUUUCAGCAUCCCUGCCUUAGGAAAAUUCGCUCAGCUCCCAUUAGGAUUCGAAUAUAUGCUUCCGCGCCAAAUGAUGAGGAAAGACUUAAAGUGGAGUACACUCCUUGGCUAAUUGUCGGAUUGGGUAACCCUGGAAAUAAGUACCAUGGCACUAGGCAUAAUGUUGGGUUUGAAAUGAUUGAUCAAAUAUCUCAAGCAGAGGGUGUUCCAAUGAACACAAUCCAGUCAAAGGCCUUAAUUGGCAUAGGUAGUUUCUGUGGUGCUUUUCCCUUUCAGCAAGAUGCUACCACCAGCACAUUGUUUAUUGGCCAAAACAUAUACAUACUGUACCAUACACGGAAAAUUGCAGGUUCUAUUGGAGAGGUACCAAUUGUAUUGGCCAAGCCUCAGGCAUACAUAAAUUUCAGCGGGGAAUCGGUUGCGCCACUCGCAUUAUAUUACCAAGUGCCCCUACGACAUAUUUUACUGAUUUAUGAUGAGAUGAGCUUACCCAAUGGUGUUAUGAAGCUCCAGCCAAAAGGAGGACAUGGGCAUCACAAUGGUGUGAGGAGCGUUGUGGGUCAUUUAGAUGGCCGUCGCGAAUUUCCUCGUUUAUGCAUAGGAAUUGGAAAUCCACCGGGCAAUAUGGAUAUGAAAGCUUUCCUUCUGCAGAAGUUCAGCUCAGUAGAGCGAGAACAGGUACAUAUAUUAUCCUUCUGCAGAAGUUCAGCUCAGUAGAGCGAGAACAGAUCAAUGCAGCAUUGGUCCAAGGAGCUGCAGCUGUAAGGACCCUGGUGCUCCAUGGAUUUGAUAAAAGUAUCAGAAGAUUUAAUUUGGGCCAGAGAUACAAGUAUCACAAAGUUUGACAUAUUUUUCCAUAUCGCUCAGUGCUGAUGUAGAGAAUGAUGAAACAAAGAGGUUCUGUCAUGUAUAGACAGUUGCAGCUAGAGGCGUCGUUUUUGCUUUUGUCAUCCCAUGUUAUGAGCACGUUACAUAAUGUUUCGAAACUACAAGCUGAAAGCCUGAAACCCGAAUAAACUGGACCGAAGGAUAAAGUGAUUGCACGGUCCAAAAAAUUGCACCGGAGGAGAAGGUCUUGUGACAUCACCACAUGAUAUAUCACAUUUGAUUACAAAAUUUUCUUGU